CUCUUACUCACACACAGGCUCUCUCUCUCUCUCUCUCUCUCUCAUAGAUAUCACACUCCACGAGCGACUCACGUGACCUCGACAUGGCUCCUGAGCUCCUUCCAGCGUCUGUAAAACCCGUCACGAAGCCAAGCCGGGCCUUCGUGACUUUCUUGGCCGGAAACGCAGACUACGUGAAGGGCGUCGUCGGCCUGGCCAAGGGGCUGAGGAAGACCAAAACGGCGUACCCUUUGGUCGUCGCGGUGCUACCCGACGUGCCUGAGGAGCACCGUCGGAUCCUUGAGUCACAGGGCUGCAUAGUCCGUGAGAUCGAACCCGUUUACCCGCCCGAAAGCCAGACCCAGUUCGCCAUGGCCUAUUACGUCAUCAACUACUCCAAGCUACGCAUAUGGGAGUUUGUGGAGUACAGUAAAAUGAUAUACUUGGACGGAGAUAUCCAGGUGUUUGACAACAUCGACCACCUGUUUGAUCUGCCGGAUGGGUAUUUCUACGCCGUGAUGGACUGCUUCUGUGAGAAAACAUGGAGUCACACGCUGCAGUACAAGAUCGGGUACUGCCAGCAGUGCCCUGACAGGGUGACGUGGCCACCGGAGUUGGGCCAGCCACCGUCCCUUUACUUCAACGCCGGCAUGUUUGUGUACCAACCCAGUUUGUCCACCUGCCAUGACCUCUUGAACACCGUACAAGUCACACCACCUACUUCAUUUGCUGAGCAGGACUUUUUGAACAUGUACUUCAGGAAUGUUUACAAGCCCAUCCCUGUGGAUUACAAUCUAGUGCUUGCUAUGUUGUGGCGACACCCAGAAAAUGUGGAGAUAGAGAAAGUGAAAGUUGUUCACUACUGUGCAGCGGGAUCAAAGCCAUGGAGGUAUACAGGGAAAGAAGAAAACAUGCAGAGGGAGGAUAUAAAGAUGUUUGUAAAGAAUUGGUGGGAUAUUUACAAUGAUGAAUCGUUGGACUACAAGAAGCUACCGCCGCCGCCGGCGAUGGCGGCGAAUGGGGAAGCGGAGGCGGUGAACAUGCAGCCGUUCUUGUCUGCUCUUUCCGAGGCUUGUGCGAUUCAGUAUGUGACGGCGCCAUCAGCGGCUUAAUUUAGAGUUAACUCAAAAGAGUUAAAAAGGAUGGAUGGAGAGAUUUUGAUGCGAAUAAGGUUUCGAUUUUUGGCUUUGGCCUUUUUAAUGUUUUUGUUGGUGCUCGAUUAAGUGAUGAUUUCCAAACUGUUAAAGAUCGAGUCGUUGGCUGUUAAUUGGGUCUGUAUAUAAUGUGUGAUUUAGAGUGAUGAAUACAUGUAUUUUGAGUUUUCAA